AUGGAAAAUUCACACUUUAAUAUACCUUCUUGGUCAAAAUAUCUUUUUGGAGCUGUUAUUACUGGAGCUGUCAUCUAUGUUGGAGGGCGACUUAUCCUAAGUUCAAAAGAAGAUAAUGUUGAAGUUGAUGUCUCUAAAUAUGGUGUAAUUUCUGAAAAAGGAAAAGAAGCUGCUCGAUUAAAAAUUGAAGGUAAUGAAUAUUUCAAAAACAAAGAAUAUCUUAAAGCUGUUGAAACAUACCUUAAAGCUAUCUUACUUUGUGAUGAAACUAUAGAUUGUAGUUUAUUAGCUGAGUUACAUCAAAAUACAGCUGCUUCAUACAACUAUCUUGGAAAUCAUGAAAAAGAAAUUGAACAUUGUGAUAUGGCUUUGAAAUUUUCACCAAGAUUUAUUAAAGCUCUCAAAAGAAGAGCUGCUGCUUAUGAAAAAACACGUUCUUUAAAAAAGGCUGGAGAUGAUUAUUUGUUUUUAAGUUCUUUAGAGCCAACACAUGCAGCUACUCAUCAAGGAAAAGCUAAAGAUUUGUUUAUGGAAGCCGGUUUUAUUGUGGCUCAAUAUAAAUUUAAAAGUCUUCCAGAGGAAGUCAGACCCAUUCCACAUCAACAGAUGUUUUCAUAUCUUUUUCACACAAGUAUUCAUAAUCCUUUGGCUUUAUAUGUUAGAAAACAAAAAGAUUGUAGUGUUUUAGAGGAAGAACCAAUUGUAAAAGAGAUAAUACAAUUAUUAAGAGAUCAUAUGUUUGAUGAAGCAUUUGAAAAAUGUGAAAAAUAUAUUACUGAUUUUGAUUUUAAUACCAAAAAAAUUGAAUUUUAUUAUUUAAUGGAGAUAUUAUAUUUAAAAUGUUUAAUUGUUCAAAGAAGAUAUACUUUAGCUAAAAGUGUUUAUGAAGAAAUUGAAAAAAAGUUUAAUAAUGAGGAUAGAAAAAUGGAUGAUAAAUAUUUAAAUGAUUUUAUGCUUGCAUGGAAAAUAUUAGGAAUGGAAUUAUUUUUCAAAAUUGACGAAAAUGAGGGAAUUGAUUUCUUUAAUAAUAAGAUGGGAGAAUAUAAAGAAAAUACUGAUUCAUAUUUAAAUUAUGGAAUUCUUAAUCUUGCUUCAAACAUGUCUGGAUUAAGUGAAAAUUCUGAAAAAUCAUAUUUACUUAAUAAUAAUAACGUUUAUGCUAUGUGGUACAAAUAUUACAGUCAAUGUCUUAUGUCAAUGAUAGAAGGAGAUUAUACUGGUUUUGUUAAAAGAGUCCAUGAAUUUGAAAGAAAACUUAAAAGUUAUGGCUAUACAGAAGAUUCUUAUAUUGGAUGGUUCUUCUUAUCCCAGGUACUUGCAGUAAAUGAUUAUGAAGCAUGUUCUAAUAUUCUUAAAGAAUGUUCUAAAAUUUAUCCUAAGAAUGUAUUUAAUCAAAUUAUUGAUGUUUCUUUAAUGCCAAAUCAAGUAGCUGCUUCAUCUAAAGAAUCAUAUGCUUUAUAUAUGUUAAAGAUGAAUAAAGUUGUUGAAGAUGUUCUCAAAGUUGAUAAGUAUAAUUCUGCUGCACUAAAACUAAAAGCUAGAUUAUUAAUGGAGGAAGGUAGAAUGGAGGAUGCUGUAAGAUGUUUGGAUGAAGCAUUAAAGAAUGCUUCAUCUAUUGAUGAGUAUGCAGAAAUAAUUAUGGAUAGUUAUAUUUUAGAAGGAUUUAAAGAUAUGAAUGAACGUGGAAUAUCUUUAAUUAAAUAG